GAGCCAGCACAAGGGAACUGCUCAAGUCCACGUGAGGCUGCACCAAGUGGCAAGGCCAGCACAGAAAAACCACAGGAGGAGCUGGACGCCUCUGAGCCAGAACGGGACCAGGGCUGCAGCAGCGUGAAUCCUACAGCCCGGCUGCUGAGCGAGAAGGGGCUGAGCCCCGCGGGUGCAGGAGAUGCAGUGACCCCCCUGAAUCUCAAGGCUGAUGCUGAUGAACACCCUGAAAAGGGGUGCAGUGCCCCAGCGGAGAGCAAGGGCUGGCAGAACAACAGCACCAUGUCCUCUGACCUGGAGGCAGAGUCCCUUGAAGCCUGCCUGGAAAUUCCACUUGUGGACAUAAAGGAGCUUCCUCAGACUCGGUCUGGUCUCCAGUCCUACCGGAACCACUUGGUCAUGGAGCUGCUGUGGUUGGAACAAGCUAUUGUCAGCCGUAAAAAUUUCUUGACGCUGAAACAGAAGCUGGGGACACCCCGAGGAGGACCUUCCUGA